AUGGACAAUCACUGCAACAGAGCCACCGACGAAGAAAGCCUCUCCAGCAACGCGCAAGCUGGUGUUAAAGCCGUUGAAGCUGCAGCACUAGUAUGGACAAAAUACAAUCUCAUCGGCGCCUAUGUGAUCAUCUGGUGGAUCUACUUCGUCACCGCCCUCCAAGAAGUCGUCGUCCGCGCUAUGAAUCCCUAUGUUACCAGUGCCUUCCGUCUACACUCUCUUACAGCCGCCACUGGAAUCAUGUCAUCCAUCAUCGGUGGACUAUCCAAGAUUCCCUUAGCUAAGCUACUGGACAUGUGGGGUCGACCCCAGGGUCUCUUGCUCUCGCUGUGUGUGUGGAUAGUGGGAUACAUCAUGAUGGCUUCAUGUCAGAAUGUAGAGACGUAUGCUGCGGCGCAAGUCUUCUCAUCUACAGGAUCACAAGCAGUUUCCUACAUCCUUACUGUCUUCAUCGCCGAUACCUCGACGCUCAAGAAUCGCGCCCUCAUGCUCUCCUUUGCAACCUCCCCCUACAUAAUCACAACCUGGAUCGGCGGCCCCGUUGCUCAAUCCGUUCUCGCUGGCCCCGGCUGGCGCUGGGCCUUUGGUAUCUUCACCAUCAUCAUCCCUGUCGUCGUCGUUCCUCUCGCCGUCUUGGUCCUCUUCAAUGAUCGCAAGGCGCAGAAACAAGGCUUACUCGAGCCACGCCGCAUCGACUGGAGCGCCGCAGCCGUCAAGAAGUUCUGCGUCGACAUCGAUGCCGUCGGUAUACUGAUCUUGGUAGCAGGUAUGGCGCUAUUCUUGCUACCGUUCAGUUUAUACAGCUACCAAGCUGAGAAGUGGAAGAGUCCCAUGAUUAUCGGUAUGAUAGUCGCUGGCUUCAUUCUACUCAUCGCCUUUCCUAUCUGGGAACGGUUCUUCGCACCAGUCACGUUCAUCCCGUAUAAACUACUCUUGGACCGAACCGUCUUCCUCGCUGGCGUCAUGUUCAUCUUUGUUUACUUUAACAGCGCGGUUUGGGGAUCAUACUUUGGGUCCAUGUUGCAGGUGGUUUGGAACCUCAACGUCACUACAGCCAGUUAUGUCCAGAGUAUCUACCGCGUUGUAUCCUGCUUCUGGUGCUUGGCUGCUGUGGGACCGGCGAUUAGGAUCACAGGAAGGUUCAAGUGGAUCGCCGUGUUCUUUGCGCUGCCCAUUGAUAUGCUGGCGCUGGGACUAAUGAUUCAUUUCCGUCAGCCUGGAACAUCGGUGGGGUACAUCGUCAUGACGCAGAUCUUUACGGCAGUAGCUGGAGGCACCAUCGUUAUCGCUGGCGAGCUGGCCAUGAUGGCGCCUUCGGAUCAUCAGCAUAUGGCUGUCAUCAUCGCCGUUCUCAACCUCUUCUGCUCUAUCGGUAGUGCAAUUGGAAGCACCGUCUCGGCUGCUAUCUGGACUGGAACGUUUUACAACAAUCUCGUCAAGAAUGUUCCGGCUAGUGUUAAUGUUGCGGACAUUUACGCUUCGUUGCCAAACCAGCUAUCGCAUGAGUGGGGAUCGCCGGAGAGGACUGGUAUCGCGCAGUCUUAUGCAGACUCGCAGCGACUUAUGCUCAUUACCAGCAUUUGCAUGUUGUCAUGCGCUCUCAUUGCGGCUGCGUUCUGGCGCGACAUUAACGUCAAGAACAUCAAACAGGUCAAGGGACGCGUUGUUUGAGUGAUAUCUAGGUGCGGGUAAGGAGGUCAUCAUGGUGAUCUGUACGGCAGCAUGAAAGUAUAGAAAAAUUGUACGUGC